AUGAUGGCUGGAUUUUUGAACGUGAUGACAGAGACACAUCACUGCAUCAUCAGUUCAAUUUGGAAUUUCCUGAAACUGCCCUCCAAUGUGAACUCAAAAUGUGGUUGUUUUUCCAAAUUCCACAGUUUGAAAGCACCAAGAGGAAAUUCGGCUAGUUUCUCGUCGCUCUUGAAAUUACCUAACACGAAAAAUCUGAUCAAUUUCAAAAGGAAUCUCUCUUCGGGUGAAAAAUUUACCAUAGCGAGAAGUCAAAAGCAAGUUGGAUACUGGUUACUAACAUGCAGUGGAAUGGUGUUCGGAGCUGUGGCAUUAGGAGGUAUCACUCGACUGACAGAAUCUGGAUUAUCCAUGGUUACUUGGAAGUUAUUUGGAGAAACUCCUCCGUUUUCUGAAACACAGUGGGAAGAAGAAUUUGCAAAAUAUAAACAGUAUCCCGAAUUCCAAAUUAAAAAUAAAGAAAUGACGUUAGCGGAAUUCAAAUGGAUUUGGUGGAUGGAGUAUAUUCAUAGGAUGUGGGGUCGUUGUAUCGGAGCUGUAUAUUUCGUUCCUGCUGUGAUAUUUCUAGCUCAAAAGAAACUCGAUAGUCGUCUCAAGAAACGAGUAGCUUUUAUGGGUGUUUUAUUAUUAUGCCAAGGCUUAAUGGGAUGGUAUAUGGUGAAAUCGGGAUUAGAAGAUCGUUUCGAUGGACCUAACGAUGUGCCUCGAGUUUCACAAUAUAGAUUAGCUGCGCAUUUAACUUUAGCUUUCGUAUUGUACGCUUCUAUGUUGCGGUCAGCUUUAGAACAGCUAUCACCGGCAUUACACUGGCCUGUAAUGAAUAAUAUUCGAUCUUUUAAAAUAUUAGCUCAUUCUUGUAAAGGACUGGUGUAUUUUACUGCCAUAUCUGGAGCCUUUGUAGCUGGUUUAGAUGCUGGUUUGAUUUAUAACUCAUUUCCAAAAAUGGCCGAUCGAUGGAUUCCGUCUGAUAUUCUGGCGUUGACUCCUGCCUUUAAGAACUUCACCGAAAAUCCGACUACAGUUCAGUUUGAUCAUCGAGUAUUGGGUACAACCACCUUAUGUCUAACGACUGCUCUAUGGUUAUGGUCAUUCAGAUUCAAACUUCCUCCUGGAGCCAAAGUAGCUGCAAAUGCUUUUGGCAUUAUGGCCUACGCUCAGGUUGCUAUGGGUAUAACGACCUUACUCACGUAUGUUCCUGUUUAUUUGGCCGCUAUGCAUCAAAGCGGAUCAUUAAUUUUACUUAGCUUGGCUACCUGGUUAACUCACGAAAUCAAAUACAUCAAGAAAAUCGCCAAAUAAAUGUUUCCUCAACAAAUGAAGCAAGCGCUUAUUGUGAAAAGAUGAUAAAAACGAACAUUAGAAAUAAAUAUAAUAUGAUGUUAUAGUCUUAAAGAUAAUAACAACUUUCAUUUUGUACCGCAGUUUUCUAAGAUAGACAAAAAAAAAAGAAGAUAAAUAAACAACAAAGUAAAGGAAAAAAGUAUAACAAUAAUGAGAAAACUGAAAAAAUAAAAGAAAACAAAUAUAUACGUUAGAACGAUA